UUGAAUUGAAGGUAAAAAGGGUAGGCAGAACAAACUCACCGACGUCGCUUCAUUAACCAAGGAGAGAGAUUUUCUUACUCCCAGACGUGCCACUGAAGAGUGUUCGCCUAGUACCAUGAAUGCCCCUGACCGCUACGAGCGAUUCGUCGUCCCCGAGGGCGUCGCCAAGGUGUCCUACGAGAGAGACACCAAGAUCAUCAAUGCGGCGUCCUUUACCAUCGAGCGUGAGGACCAUACUAUCGGCAACAUUCUCCGCAUGCAAUUGCACAGGGAUGAAAAUGUGCUCUUUGCUGGCUACAAGUUGCCUCAUCCCCUUAAAUACAAAAUCAUCGUUAGGAUUCACACUACGAGCCAAUCAUCACCAAUGCAAGCGUACAAUCAGGCUAUCAAUGAUCUGGAUAAGGAGCUUGAUCAUCUGAAGAAUGCAUUUGAGUGCAGUGCCCGUAGGCAGCUUAUUCUGAUCCUGUUCUCUAGUUGAACAUCUACCUUCCACUAGGCUCAAAAGUUACUGCAGGCAUUAGGAAAAAAAAUGUGAAGCUUACUUUAACAACUUUCAAAUAGAAAAGGUCCUAUAUGACAUACAAUCAAGUUUGAAUAGAGGUCCCUGUUUAAUUUUAUUAACAACUUCGUUUUGAUAAUUACAACUUGGUAUUUGUGGGUUAAAAGUUCAGCCUCUGACUCAAAUCUGCAGUCACAUAUAGACUUUUGACUAGUCUUUGGAUAUUGAUUUCUUCGAAUGGGUCGGGUGAAAGCACUGAAAGGUAUAAAAAUACGGGCUAAAUUUCAAACUAGGCUUCUGCUUAGAACCUUCUUUUACAGCACUCUAUUUAUCAGGAACUUUUCAGAUUCAAAAGGCUCUCUGUAUAAUUGUUUAAUCAUGAAAACUUCUCUGCUAAUUUUAGAAUUUAGCGUAACUGUAGUUUUUAUGACAAACAUUUGAAAACGAUGAAGAGAGUUCAAUUGAAGGCGAAUUAAUCCAUUAUAGAUUCUCAAAUAAAGCUAGCCAAGAUUGUAUCCUAGCGUCCAUUUAAGGGGCCUUGGCCAGGGUCCCAUUGAUGUGGGACUACAGUUUAUGAGAGAAUAGUUAUUAAAAUGGUAGAUUAUUGAGCCACCCUUCGUUC